GGAUGUAGGAAAAAGAAAUGAUCUAGUACAAGGAACCAAAGCCCUGUUGAAGAGACACUAUGGCAUGGCAGAGUGACCAUGACAGUUAGCCUCCCUGCGCAGCAAGUAUGCCUCCUGCGCAAGGCGAUUCCCAUCCCCACUGGUCAUGGGACUGGUCAGCUUAUUAAGGGAGAAAUAGUCACUGUAAUCAGUAGUCAUGGCGAAGAAUGUACCAUAUCUCUGCUCAUGGAUUCUUCUCAAGUCUAUACUUGUCACGAAAAAAACUUAAAGACGGUUCCCUACGACAUAGUUAAAUUCUUGCUUCCGGUAAUCCCUUGUUCACGCCGCUAUGAGGCGUUCUCAAAACUGGACAAGAUGCUACUUACACUGCCAAUGGGAUCUCUUGUGAACAUCAGCAGAGGUAGACAGAAUACGACUGUAGUGGGAGAGCUGAAGUACAGAGGUGAGAUCAAGGAUCGACUAGGAGUGUGGUUUGGCCUGAAACUUGUUGGUCUAGCUGCAGGUUGUGGUGAUAGUGAUGGUUCUAUCAAAGGAGUCUUCUACAUGGAGCGCUGUCCUGUUAGCUCUGUUGUGUUUGCUACUAUUGAUGAGAUAUCUAUCAAAGGGUCGGAUUCCCUUCAAGACUCAACCCUAUCUAUGUUGAGCAACAUGGGGGAUAUUAAAGACAAAACCCUGACCAAAGUAUCUAAAACUCUCCCUGCCAGUGCUCGAGCCAGAAGAUCUGAACCGAAAUCAAAUCAGGUGACGUGUAACUUCUGUGAGGGAGAUCAGGUGAUAGUACUAAAGAAGAAGUUACCUGCAGAACCCGGCGUCGUCAGAGCUGUCUUUCAGGACGCAAAAAAACAGUGGAUAUUAGGAAUAGAACUAGACAACCCUGUGGGAGACAGCAACGGAAUGUACAAGGGUCGGCAGAUGUUCACAUGUGAAGCUCGGUUUGGUAUAUUCUGUGACACAACCGAGGCAAUGCCCAAACACUACUACGAAUCACCCCGAGUCCAGAGUCCCACCCCGGCUUCUCAACCUAAUCACAACAGAUCAGCAUCUUACGGAGCUCCUCCACAAGUCACAGCAGGAACUGUUUCCAACGACUUCUCCAGCCCACCUCCCAAUUACAACGAUACCUUUAACUCUCACCCUGUCGUCAGUAACACCCAGUCACGUGAGCAACCCAUACCCCGCUCCCCAAAACCUGCCCGCGUCAAGUCACCCAAACAUGACUUUGAGUCUGCCUUCAGAAUGCGCUCUCCCACUCCCUCGAACAAUAAACUACCUGCUGAUUUAGUUCACAGUAUAAACACACUGUCGUUAGCUGGUGGCAGUAAUGUUGUUGAGGACUCAAUGUUAGAUAACUCUCACAGAGUAGAGUUAGCCUCCACUAAAGCCAGGUCGUACAGCCCCAAGCUGGCUCCCGAGACCCCGGACCCACCUCCAGAGAUAGACUACACGUUAGAAGUUGGCAGCAUGAUACAAGUCAGUAAAAGCAAUGUAGUUCACUACGGCGUGUUACGUUGGAUUGGGCACCUGCCCGGUAAGAAGUAUCUGUGUGCUGGAUUGGAGCUGGAGGAGGAGAUAUCACCACCUGGCAACAAUGGAAUGUAUGAGGGAGUGAGGUAUUUCACAUGCCCGCCCUUCCGUGCUCUCUUCUGUUAUCUUCACGACUGUUCGAAAGACAGGCGAUUUGAAGAAAUGCCAGUACAGCCGGAAAUUAAAACAAAUUACUUCGGACCAAAAGAAAGUCCUGUUAUUGAGGGAAAGGUAGACCCCCCUAAGUACAUAUCCCCAAUGUACAUUGGCCGGAGUAGAGGUAUACAGGGAAAUAAAAACUCGUGCUAUUUAGACGCAACUUUAUAUGGAAUGUUCGCUUUUACCAACACGAUGGACUACAUCUUGUCAACCCCCGUUGACGGUCACAUUAAUCAGACGAUACAGAAAAUACUGAGAGAAUCAGUUGUUAAUCCCUUGCGUGAGUGUGGGUUUGUGGGGGCGGAUCAUAUGAGGAUAUUACGGGACUUGAUGAGCAAGAGCUCUACUUUAGUUGGGUUGGAGGAUGAAGAGAAGGAGCCCGAGGAGUUGCUGAACGUCUUAUUCACCGAGAUAUUCAAUAUCAAACCUCUUCUGUCAUUCAGGGACGGCGCUAAUGAGAUCUCGCAUGUGAAUUUGUGUCAGAUACUGUUGGAGAGAGACCCACACAGUUCCACCAUGCCGCACACUCAGGAUCUACUUACAAGAUACUUUGUCAGUCAAAACCUAUUCUUUCACACUCAACCUGAUCUUUUACUCUUGCAGGUGCCAAGAUCAGGAAAAGACUUCAAAUUAUACGACACAGUGUUGCCCAGUGCAGAGCUUCAGUUGGGAGGUCUUUGUGGUGGUGUCUGGGGCUCCUGUUAUAUCUGCAACAAGAAACCCUUCAUGAAGUGCCCUCAAUGCUACAUCAACCAGGAGUUUAAACACAAGUACAGCGCAGUGCCGUAUUGUGAGCCGUGUUGCACUUUAGUGCAUUCUCAUCCGGACAGGCAGAGUCACGUACCGGAGAGUGCAACUAACCCCACACAUAUGGGUACAAUAAGCUCGUUGGACGGUUGUCGGCUUCUCUGA